AUGAUCAUUCAUCAAGAGGACACCGCAGCCGAGGCUUGGAAUCGUCUUGUUCAUCUCUUCCAGGACAACAAAUCGGCUAGGUCUCUUGCUCUUGAUGCAAAAUUCACGAACACCAAAUUGGUGGAUUUCCCGAACGUGAAAGCAUACUGCACCCGGCUCAAGGUUCUUGCAGACAACCUCGCCAACAUCGACCACAAAGUUUCCGACGAACAACUUGUGCUCCGUCUUCUGCGUGGGUUAUCGGAAGAAUAUAAGACUUUUCGAACAACGGUGCAGCACUGUACUCCUCUCCCAUCCUUUGACGUUGUACGGUCGAUGCUCGAACUUGAGGAAGACAGCAAUGGCGAGGACGCCAUUCACGAAUCCGGUUCGAAUGCUGCUCUCGUUUCCCACAAUAUUAAUUCUCAUAAGUUCUCUGUUAAUGGGCAGCCCAACAAUUCUGAAAAUACCUCCAAUAAUCGAGGAAAUUCUCACAAUCGCGGAAAGAAGAACAAUCGCGGUCGUGGCGGCGGGAACCGCAACAACAACCGUGGUGGCGCUGGGAAUGGCCAGAACAGCGGCGGGGGCAGCUGGAACAACCACCAGACCAGCCUGCCCGCCGCGUCGCAGCACCAAGGCGCUACUGGCCAGCCUUGGUUUUUCCCCUCUUGGGCUGCUUGGGGGCCACAACCGUGGGCCACCCCACCGUGUCCCUACCCCACAACAGGGUGGGAGCAGCCUCGCGGCUGGCAGCAGCCACGCCCAGCCCAAUCACAACAGGGCAUUCUCGGUGCUCGCCCUCCCUAG